AUGCCGCCUAUUACUCGGUCCAUGGCACGGCGGUUCUGGGAACCCAUUCGCGAAGGCGAUGAUGGGUAUGUCUUACCUGCGCCUGUUCUAUCGGCACUCGGUCUCGUUCCGUUGAGAGCUCAAAUUACCCAGCUCAUGACAUUUUGCUUGUGCUGUCUCGAAUUGGCACUGGAAACCCCAGGACGACAGAGCAAUGCCAUCCCUUUUCUGUUCUUCUGCAAUGCGAUCCCGCAUCAAACUGAUUGUGAUCGUUGCGGUGAUGAUUCCGUGAUUUGUCGCCCGGUUUGGGAAGGUCUGCAGGCCCAGUAUCGCGAGUUUUCAUCCGCCAUGUGGUGGUUGUAUCGCCUUUGGAUAUCAUCCCCUUUUCAUACAGUCUUCCCCCCCCGCCCAAUGGUGAUCAGUGAUGAUAAUGACGGCUGGGGAGAUGAUGAUAUUAUCAUUCUGUCACACCCACACGAGAUUCUGGUGGAUGCCUCCUAUGACCUUGCAAGAGCCUUUCUUGACUUAGUCCGGAUGCAUGAAGAUGAAUUUGGUCUGAUUUUCGAUUCUGUAUACGACGAUAGUCGUGAACAACGUCUAGCACAAUAUCGCUCCAUGUUUGAAGGGGCAGAUGCAUCCGGGAUCGACGACGAGAAUGAGGGCUUGGCAGAAUGGGAGGACGCCAAAUCCGAAUUUGCGAUUGCGGUCUGGCGCUGGGUUCACGUUGCCAUCCAAUAUGCUGAUCCUUCCAUUGACGUAUGGACAGAAAAUCUUCUCUUCUUCGUGUUGGAGGAGGCACCCGCCUGGCUGGUAACACCUGGACAGUGA